AUCAAUUUUCAUCUGCCAUGAAUAGGUUCCCUUUUCUCAUCUCAAACAAACCCCAACGAGCAAAAUAAUGCUCAAGAAGUAGAAGAUUACGAACUUCUGAGAGACAUAAUUAUGGACCAGAUGUUUGAUAUAUACAUGGAACAAGUUAAGGCUUCGGGCGGUUUUGAUGUCGACAGUAUUUCUGAUUCGGACCUUGUCGGCGAAAUCGCCCCUCUUUUACUUGUGGGAGAAGAGCCAGACGAUGAUAUAAAACUUAUGUUUGAUAUUGCAAUUGCACAACACAAUAUGGAAGAAUGUUCUAAUCUUCAACUGGUUAAAAUUGUUAAAGCUAAUUUUGCAUUUGUCUCCGGCGUAAUGUUUUAUAUCACUUUAGACGCGAAGGGUGAUGAGCAAAAAAUUGGUACGUAUCAAGCUCAAGUGUUUGAUGGAAUUACAGAGCGAAAACUUAUGUUGUUUAGACCAUUGAGUAGUAGUAGCAAUAAUAUUUCCGAUGAAGCUGGUGAUGGAUAAUGUAUUUAUUAUUUAUAAUCGGGUUUUCUAUGAAAAUAUAUACUCGGUU